AUGGGCUCUCCCAUGUUGGCAAAUGCUCGCGUGGGCAUUUCUAAGCGCCUCGUGCUGUCGUACAUCAUCGACUGGAUCUUGAUCAUUGGUAUUGCACUUAUUGGAUAUGGCUUUUCUCGCGUGACUCCUAAUCACCGCCCGUUCGUGUUGACGGAUCAGAGCAUCUCUUUCCCUUACACGGAGGACGAGACGGUCCGGACCAGUGUCCUGGUGGUGGUCUCGCUGAUUGCUCCGGCGGUGAUCAUCUUUCUGGUCAUCUUGCUCUUUGUCCCUGCCUCCGUUUCUCGGGAGACAGGCUCGCGGCUACUGCUAUUGAAGUCUAAGAUAUGGGAGUGGAACGCCGCGUGGCUGGGCCUGGGGCUAUCUGUCGCCGGGGUUUUCAUGGCUACUCAGGGCCUGAAGGCGCUGUAUGGCCGACCCCGUCCUGACAUGCUUGCGCGCUGCGACCCGGACCUCUCCGACAUUGCCUCGUAUGCCGUCGGUGGUCUGGGCCAGAGGCUUAGCGACGCGCCUACGUUGGUGUCUUGGGAGAUAUGUCGGAACAAGUCUGAUGAUCUGAAAGUAAAUGGAUUCUCUAGUUUCCCCAGUGGUCAUUCUUCCAUCGCGUUCGCGGGUUUGGGAUAUUUUAGCCUUUGGCUAUGUUCCAAAUUCGCCAUUGGGUUCCCGUAUCUGGCCCAUUCGCCCCUGAGUCAGGAGCUGCGGGUACAGAAUCGAGAAUCAAUUCGCACCCAGGGAGCGGCCCCGCCGGUGUACAUGGUCAUUGUCGCGUUUGUUCCAAUUGCGGUCGCUUUCUUCAUAGCCGCAUCGCGCUGGUUCGACUACCGACACCAUGUGUUUGAUAUUAUCAUCGGGACCCUCAUGGGAGUGGUUUUCGCUUGGGUUGGGUUCCGACUGUACCAUCUUCCCAUCAUGCGUGGCGCAGGCUGGUCAUGGGGAGCGAGAAGUCCACGACAUGCGUUCUUCAAAGGCAUCGGACUUUCCAGCCACGUUGGUGCCGACAAUUGGUCCAACACUGGGGAAGUUCAGGCGACAACAGAGACCGAAAGACACGAGGACACGAUGGACCUCGAAAGUGGGAGACGUAAUUUGGCGGAUUGA